AAAGUGAAUGGCAAGGAAAGGUACAAAAGAGCGUUGAACUGGAACCAGCAGCUCAGGCGCCAGCGGAGAGCGCGCUUCCCUCCCUUCCCUGGGCAGAGAUCUCCUCGCAGGGUCUCUCCCCCCCUCUCUCUCUCGGCAAAGAAUCCCCCACCCCUCCUAUUUCGUCAAGGGCUUGGAGAAGAGCAAAUCGCAGCCCACCUUCUCUCCGGAGAGACUGGAAAGCCGAGACCCAACUAGCCUCAAGCCGAACUCCUCCAGCAGAUCUUUUGGGAGAAAGUUGACCGCGCGAUCUGCGGGGAAGGGAUCAUGAACCGGGCGAAAGGAUUCUCCAGAGAAGUUGCCUUUGGCACGUCGAUCUCUUUGCUCUGCGCUGGGACCCUGGUUUGCCUUACCGAGGCGAAAGGGACGUAUUACCGCCAUCCUCUGCCCAUCUCUUACGGCAACAGAUACAACCUCUAUACCUCGGGAUCUAGCCCUCAACUCACUCCGGAGAAGCCCCUGGCGAGACAUAAGAUCUAUUGUGCAUAUGUGGUGCAGAGGAAUGUCACGUGCACUCUUCAGGAUGGAGUGGAGAGCUAUGUGAAAGCUGAGUAUCACAAGUGCAGCUGGGGACCCAAGUGCCCUGGAAAAGUCGUGUAUCGCACAUUCUUCAGACCCAGGUACAAGAUUGGAUACAAGACAGUCACUGAAAUAGCAUGGAAAUGCUGCCCAGGUCUCGUGGGAGAAGGAUGCCAUCAUGAUAAUCCCACUAAUCAAGCAGGACUUCCAUCCCAACAUCCCAGCCCCAAGAUGCCUCCAACUCAGAAGAUGUUUCCAGGUCCCAGAGCUCCGCCUCAUCCCAAAAUCCCUGUGGACUCAUUUCCUAUACCAAAAAAGAAUAAUUAUGGUCGAAAAAUGCCUAAUGUGUUUGGUGACAGACUGGACCACUUGGAAGAGGAGGUCAGACGUCUCUCACAGUCUUAUGAUACCUUAUACAAUAUGGUGAGUGGCUUGGGGGAUCACCUGCGACUUGCCAUCCAGGAAGAUACUAGUAAAAUGAUUGGAUCCCUCAUGAAUAGUCCAACUGUUCCUGAUUCAACCAUGGGAUUCGGAAUCAUUCCUGAUGGAAUUGUGGAUGCUGCAGACAAAGCUGAGCUCUCCCCCUAUCCACCUGUGGGUGAGAUUCUAGGCAAAGUGACUGAGAUGAGUGAUUCACUGAAAAUCAAGACUAACCUACUUGAAGAAGUGCAUGGCAUGGUGCUAGAUCAUGAUGGGCAAAUCAAACACUUAAUGGAAUCAGCUCGGCCUUCACCACUCACCUCGAUCGAUAUGUUAGAAGAAUAUAUAGACAACAGGCUUAGCAACCUGAGAGUGGAGCUUUUGGAUGGCUUUGAGAAAAAAUUGAUAAAUAUUCAAAGUACAUGUGAUUACCAGAUCAAGGAAGUAAAACAGCAGUGUGAGGAAGAGAAAGCAGCCAACCUCCGACUUCAACAGAUCUUGGAUGGCAAAGAACUAGAGAUCAAGAAAGACAUUUCUCAACUGGAAACACAGAUCCAAGGACUGACAGUUGUAGAAAACUGCUGUAGCAACUUGAACUACCUCACCGAACGGAUGGAUAUUUUGGAAAAAGGCCUACAUAGUAUUUCUGAGUCUCAGAAGAAUCUGCAUUCUAGGGUAGAUAAUGAAUUGUCCCCCGACACUUUGGGGAUCCUCUUUGAAGGACGCUUUGUGGAACUUGAGGCUAGGCUGAAUUUUACAGAGAGGGAAAUAAGAAGUUGUUGUUCUAAUGUAGAAGACAGCAUGAGAGGUUUGAUGGGAUCAGAGCUAGAUGGCACAAAAGCUCUUUUUGAAAACAAAAUGAGAACCUUGGAGGAAAGACUCAUAACUAUUGUAGGAGAUGUGAAUAAUGUCAGUUCUGCAGUGGGACUAGAUGGAGCUGUAAUGCCAUUCUUGGAAGGAGAGCUUGCUACCAUAACAAGGGAAACCGAUGAGAAGAUGGAAGUACUACAGAGCCAACUGACUAACUUGGAGAGCACUUGCUUGUUGGGUUGCACUUCCAAAUCCAAAGAUGUAGAAAUCUUCCGUACAGAAAUAGAAGACUGCCAAAACAAGAAUCAAGAUUUACUGUUAAGGAUGGACAGCAACUCAGAUCUGCUGCAAAAACUCAAUAUUACUAUCUUGGAGAUGCAGAGACGGAUUGAGGAAGAAACAGCUGGAACUUUGCAAGGUGAGAUCACAUUAUUAAAGAUCAAUUUGAACACCAUGACUAAAUCUCUCACUGGGCUGAAGGAUUCUGUUUCCCAGUACUCCGACUCAGUACUGCAUGUUAACUCAUCCUUGGAUGAUCAUGAGCGCAAGAUAGAAGAUGAGGUCCAUUCACUUCAAGAAAUGAUCAGUAAUCAAGAUUCCCAGCUUUUCUUCAGUAACAAGCGUGUCUUGAACCUAAAGGGAGACCUUGAAAGGCUGAGAUCCAGGAUUAUCAAUGACUUGAGCAACUGCAAAAGUUUGGCUCUCGGCCUGCAGAAAGAAGUGCUCCAAUUCGAUGACCGUGUGGCCCAAAUAGAAGAUACGUGUGGCAAACUGGGUGCUGUGACAGGAAGCCUGGAACACAUCAGAAAUGAACUGGAGAACAAUGCAGGAAGUAUGUGGGGUUACAUGAAUCAUAUUAACAAAACUUUAGCUACACACUCUGAGGAAAUAACUGUGCUCAAGAAUAACUUGUUGGAUUGCCAAGCAAAAGUUACAGAACUCUCUGAAGAUGUUGGUCUCCUAGAAGGCAAGCUGACAAACAACCAACAUUAGUUUAUAUUGGGUCCAAAGUAUACCUAACUUAUAUCAUACAGACUCCAAAGAGAUGGUACCAGGAUUUUUGUUUUAUUUUGGUUUUCAAGAGGGAGAAGGUCACUAAACUUUAAAAGCUGCUAUAGUCCUUUCCCUGAUUUCUUCGGUAUGUUUUUUUUUAAACUACAUUUUAAGUAUGUUUGUCGUUAACUGUUCUUUCUACAGAUAUUUAACAACUAUACUUAAGUAGCAAAAUGCCUUCCCAUAUUUCAGGUCAAACGAUAUUUAGGUUACAUUUCCAAUACAUAGUUCAGUUCAAGAGGAAACUGGAGACAGAUCUUUUUUUAUAGAAUGGUUUCUUUGCUUUGGGAAUAAAUCAAAAUCUAAUACUUAAGGACUGAAACAAAGAAACCCAGUAUCUGCCAGUUUUAUUCAUCUACUGGAAGAGAAACUCUUUUCAGAGGCCAUAGUACAAUACCUAGAGUCAUGUGAAGGCUCUGAUUUAAGAUAAGACUUCCUCCACCCAUUUUAUAUAAAUCCCCCCCCCAAAAAAAUCUCCAAAAUAUGGGCUUGAAUUCUACAUGAUUGCAUCAACUGAUACAAACUUAUAGGGUAUUCAUGUAGGUCAACGGCAUGAUAAGAGUUGUAAAAGAUAAAAGAAUGCCCUUGUACAGAACAUACUUUCCCUUUUGCAUUGUCCUACAAUAAUCAAACUGAAUUUUUCAAGCUGAUAUUCUCAAUAACUGUGCAAUCUGACUUUGCAUGAAGGAUGAUAAGGUCACUGAAUUAGAUCCAAUAGGUAGUUUGUUGCAAUUCUAGGAACAGAAGAAAAGAAAGCACACAUAAUAUAGUGUUGUAGCAUUACUAUACUGUUGCUUCCUAUUUUUGUAUAAAAAUGGAAGAAGUUCAGUUGCACAAGAUAAUUAUUAUUGUACCCAUUGUAUUUUAAUCUGAUUUCUUCUUGGGCACUCUUGAACAACCAGUUCCUCUUCUAUUUAUUCUCACUUAUUUAUUUUUGAGAAUGAUAGCCUUCAAGAAUGAUUCCUUUCAAAGGAAUUGCUCUUAAGAUAAUGUAACAGCAAUGGCAUGUAACAAUCCAAUUUAAUUUAGUUCACAUUUACUUCAUUUCAAAUCAAUCUACAAGUAGAAGCAAAUAUUCUUCAAAAUUCAUAUUAUUCCCCGUUCAGCAAUGCAGAACACUUUUGUGUGUGUAUGCAUGCGUGGGAAACAUGCAUAAAAAUACAUACAUUAAUUGAAAGUAUCACACAAAUAUAUUUUAAGUUAUAAUGCAUAAUGUCAUAUAAAAAUUGUAAGCAAUAUGGAUAAAAAUAUAUUUAAUUUUAAAAGGAAUUUGUUUUGACCCAAAUUGAAGCAGAAUCGUGUUAAACUAAAUUUAAAACUGAGAAAUAAGUAGUCAAACUUAAUGUAUUAAUCCAUUGCUAUGUGUGACUACCACUAGAUGCUCAAGAGAAUGUCAGAAGUCCUCAGCUGUAGACAAACCUCAAUAAGAACAUUCUGUUCUGCAGCUGAAAUUCUCUUCUAUGCUUUUCUCCUAUGAUUGGACCCAUUUUUACAUUUUUGCUCCCACAUGAAGACUACAUGAAAUCACUGGGCAAUUCGCAUAACAUUACAUAGUGGCUAGAGAAAAUGUUUCAUAUGAAGGGCUUGCCAUGCAGUAAUUAAGUCAAAUUAGAUUGGCUCUCAUGUGAUAGUUACAAGUCAUUGGGUUCAGAGUAGAAAAGUGUUCUGGAUCCAGCAUGGGUUUUCUAAUAGUACCUGUGACUGUGACUAUUUUAAGGAACUGAUGACACACAUACAGCCCACACUAGGUACCUGAAGGGCCCUUCCUCCUUUGGAUCCAAAAAGCUGCUCUUCAACUUGCGACUCCUAAAGAGCUAGUUCCUACAUGUACCUUCUUCCCACAAUAUACAACUAUGUGUUUGGUGGAUUGAUUUUGUGCGAUCAAGCUGGCCUCAACUGUUAGCAGACACAUAAAUUAACAUUCUCUAGAAUGAGCUGUCACUGACCUGGUCCUUCAAGAUUUUCAACCAUCACUCCUAUAAUCAAGUCUACCCACUUUAUUGUUGGUUGUUCUCUUUCCUUCCACCUCUCCCAGCAUUAGAGAUUUCUGAAGUGAUCUAAUCCUUGCAUAAAGUGUCCAAAAUAUAAUCUGAACCUGGUCAUUUGUGCCUCAGGUGAGAACUCUGGAUGGAAUGCUAUGCUUGUGUUUAUAUGAAGAAAUGGAAGUGUAAGCAAGACUGUACAUAGUUACUGCAGCAGGGUGUAUUUUUUCCUUUUCGGCUCAUUUCCUAACCCUUCCCUUAGCUAAUUUGCAACCUUUAACCUAGUCAACUGCUAAUGAAGAUGAUCAAGAGAUGCUUUCCUAGUAUAGCUGUAUCAUUCUUCAUAGUUAGCCUGCCAGUUCCUUUUCUUGUUCUUCCCUGGACAAAAUGAUAAUUGUGUCACAUUUUUCUUUUUUGGUUUAGCAGAGGGCAAUCGGGAAUGAUCUACUCUUACUGAUGAAUGGUACCUAAGAAAUUAAUCCAAAUUAGUAAUUUUAUUUCAGUGCACAAAAACAAAUUUUAAUGCCCCUUCUGAAUAAUGAAAUCAGAGCAAAAUUAAAAAUAAUUAAGAAACUCUUAAUGAAAAUGAAGAAAUUAUCCUAGUGCAUCUUGUAUUUCUCUAUAGGAAUUUAUGUUUAUUGGGGGGGGGGAAUCUUUCCAGCUUAACCUUUGCUCUAAACCAGGGUAUAUUCCAUUCACCUUUUCCUUUCUUUUACCUUGCAGGGUUGAUGUAAAGAUAAUGUGCAUGAAAUGCUUUGAACACUUGAAAUCAGCUAUGUAAAUGUUGCUUUUAUUAAACUGAGAAAAUAUAUCACAUUAUGUCAGACAGUAUAAACAUAUGUACUGAAAGUUAUCCCACCCAGAAAGAGAUUUGAAACCUUUAUGUUAUUUGUCUUCAAAUUCCAAGUCCCCCAACAGAGCAAUUAAGUGUUAUAUUGCAAGGUUGUUCUGCAAGCAGAACAGGAUGGCCCUAUCAUCAGGGAAGAUUCAAUAGCUGCUUCAGGCAGCAGAUCAGGGCAUUAAUGUAUUGAUCUCAGGACUUCAUCCAAUGCCUUCCUGAUGCAAAUCUAAGAGACAUCCACUAUCUCAGCGUUACAAUCUUAAGAGCUGAAGUGGUGCAGUGGUUAGAGUGCAGCACUGCAGGCUACUUCAGCUGGCUGCUAGCUGCAGUUCAGCAGUUCAAAUCUCACCGGCUCAAGGUUGACUCCGCCUUCCAUCCUUCCGAGGUGGGUAAAAUGAGCAUCCCCAGAUUGUUCAGGGCAAUAUGCGGACUCUGUAAACCACUUAGAGAGGGCUGUAAAAGCACUAUGGAGUGGUAUAUAAGUCUAAGUGCUAUUGCUAUAUUCUGAGGGCUCCUCAGAUAAAGGUGAGAUUGCAAUUCCAUAGUGUGGUUUGUUGCUUUGGUUCCUUACUCUGAGAAGCCCCAAUAUGGCAUCUAAUAGCUUUCCUCCAGGCAACAGCAACCCUGUAGAGCAUGGCUGUCAAACAUGCGUCGUUACAGUGCCAUCACAUGAUGUAUCGCAACUUUUUUCCCCUUUGCUAAAUCAGGUAUGGGCAUGGCCAGCGUGUGACGCAUCCGGCCGCGAGUUUGAUAGCCCUGCUGUAGAGCAUACGCGAGACCCAAAUAAUACAUUAAAAGUAAAUUUAAAAAUGCAUUCAGCAGGUGGCGUGUGAGUCACUAUGGCAAUCCAUCUAGGAUGCUGAAGAGUUCAGUGUCUUGAUGAGAUGGGAGGGAGAAAUUGGCAAGCCUUGUGGCACAGGCCAGUAGUUCGACAAGACCUGUAUGUUCUGGGCCUCCCCUGAAAUAGAACUGACAACUUCUCCACUCUUCUCUUUUGUUUGAAUUUAGUGGCAUUAGUUAUGAGUGAUAUGUCCUGAACUCCACUUUUUUCUGAACAUUCUGCAUUCCCUGUGAAAAGGGCACCGGUUUCACUUUUCCUCCUCUCUUUUGUGUAACAAAUUCUCAUGGGGCGGUGGUGUGGAGAGGUUGGAAGUUAUUAGUGGUUUCAUAAUCAACGUUUUUGGGCCUGGCAAUUGCUCUUAUUGUAUAUACAUUUACCAGACGUAACUAUAACUGGUUUCAAUUAAACUUACGCUUAAGUUAUCUAGGAUUUUGAACAUGAAGUAUAGUUCGGCAUUCUGCGUUGAAAUGUCCACAUUCUAUGAAAAAAAAAUUAGAGGCACUUAUGAAAUUAUAGUUGCAUCCUGUUUACUUCCAGGCAUUGGAGGUUCAAAAGUUCUAAUGUGGAGGUUGCAUUUGGUUUAUCAUUAAUGAAUAGGCCAAUUUGACAGUUAUGUAGCCUUUUCCCUUUUUCUUGGAAGUAUUAUUACAUUACCUUGUUUUCCCCAAAAUAAGACAUCCCGUGAUAAUAAGCCCAAUUGUGCUUUUGAGUGCAUGGCAAUAAAGCCAAGAUAAGACAGGGUCUUAUUUUCAGAAAAACAUGGUAAUUCUUAUCACAUGCUAUUGGAGUGACCUCUAGUAAGUAUUACAGUACAUUACAGUACAUAAUAUACCUUCCAUUUGUCAAUUCCAGACUCCAAACUUGUAGUUAAUCUGUUUUCAGACUGCCAAUUUACAAACUAUUAUUAUUAUUAUUAUUUUGCUGAGGUUUUCAAGAAACGGCAUUAUGUCAAUUGUGAAGAAGGUUUCAAAUUUAUUUGUUGUUUCUGGUAGGUUGUGGCCAUAAGUGUAACAAUAAUGAUAACGUUGUUUAAUCUAGUUUUUUUUCAAUGUACAUUUGUUGAUGGUUAAAUCCGAACUAUUGUUUCUAUUGGGUGUAGGGGAAGAGAGGAAACUCUCACCAAGGUUUUCCAGAAUUGUAUUACUCUAACAUCUUUUAAAGAUAAAUUCUCAGAAAACUAUAUAGACAUUUAAGAUAUUGAGAAAAUGGAACAAAACUGACCAGCAAUGUUGUUUUCUGGAUCAUUGGUAAAAAAAAUGGAAGAGAUGUGUAGAUACAGAUAUGGUCUGUACUUUACAGCAGUAACAAUGUUUCGAUUUGCAAAAUCCACUCACGCCAUUACCAAACCAAGAGGGAAUUACACCACUGAAAGGAAGUUUAGGUUUGUAUAAAAUUCUCAUAUGUGCACAUUUGGAAUCAAUCACUAUAAUUUAAACAGAAGAACAUCUCUUCAUUAUGGGCAAGCCCAUGACCAGGUAUUUUGGAUGCUUCUCUUUUUUUUUCCCCCUCUGGGAAUUCAAAGCCCCUCCAUUCUUUGAUUCUUUUAAACUAAGGAUUAGAUUGGACAAAGCUUUCAAAAGAAGAUCUUUUUUCCCUCUAAACUAGAAUACAUCAGCUUUCAGUUUUGGGGACAAUGUAAAAUUAUAAAUGUAAAAUUUGAAAAUGAUAUCUUAGGUCCUCCAGUCUGCAUAGAUCCACCAUGGCAAUUGGUGUUGAUUCUUUUAUUUAGCUCUUCUGUCUUCAAACCCAAAAUCUCAAUUAUAUAACUGGUUUUUUUGGGGGGAAACCUAAAUGGUGUGCCCCUAUAGUCUCCAGGAGCUGUGUUCAGCCCAAUGAUAUAUUAACCGUUUAAUAUAUAAUGCAAGACCAAAAACAAACAAACAAAUCACAUUAUGGUUUAGUAUGCUAGACCUAUUUGUGCAAAUCAGAUUGAUAAACUCAAUAAUGUUCAAAUCCAAAUUCAAUAAGUGCUGAUAAGAUUCUGAAUGUUACUACACACUAAUUUAGCAUAUUAAAGACUAAGUUAUCAAAUAAGAUACUGUAGCUACUGGUAAGUUUUCAAAUGUACAGGAUCCUUAAGUAUGUACUGUAUCUCCUAUUCACAUCACAUGUGAUAUUAAAAUGAUGUUUACAGAGUA